AUGGAUUUUCUGUUACCAAGAAAACUGACUUCAUCUACUAAACCCAUCUCCUUUAUGUCCCAAACACAGCAACAGAUACAAGAGCAAGUGGAUGGGCUUGUAUAUAAGCUCAAACGGAGGCAGCUAGCCGGUUCUUAUAAGGUUGCGAUAGAGACUGCGCAAUUGCUGAUGCGCCUAAUAACUAUGGCCCGUUGGAAGAACACAGACCAACUCAUUGAGUUAAUUAGAGACGCAGGAAGGCAGCUUAUUGCUGCUCAGCCGAGGGAGUUUGCAUCUGGUAACAUAGUGCGCCGAGUUUUGUCGCUUAUUCGUGAUGAAUCCUUAGAAAUGGACAGGGAAAAGCCGGAUAUAGAUAAGAAUACGGCGAUGAUGAGCUCCAUGUUCUCUCUGCUUAGCACGACUGAUACGAAGAACCAGCAACAACAUAGCACAAGUGACGCUAAACAGCGCACUCAAGAUCUAAGAUCACUCGUAAUUCAGGGAAUCCGGGACCUCAUGGAUGAAAUUUCUGCUGUUCAUGAAAAUAUAGAAUUGAUGUCUAUUGAUUUAAUUCAUGACAACGAGGUGUUGCUAACACCCACUCCCAACUCACAAACUGUAUUGAACUUUUUGUUGAAGGCUCGCCAGAAGAGAAAAUUCACUGUCUUGGUAACAGAGUGUUUUCCUAACCAUACAGAAGAUGCACACAAAUUUGUUAAGAAAUUGGCAGAUGCCAAAAUAGACACAGUAUUGAUUCCAGAUUCAACUGUCUUUGCAGUAAUGUCUCGUGUCGGAAAAGUCAUCAUUGGAGCCCGCUCUGUGUUUGUUAACGGAGGAUGUGUAAGCACCUCGGGUGUAGCUGCAGUAACUGAAUGCGCCAAAGAACACCGUACUCCUGUGUUCACAGUAGCAGGUUUGUACAAAUUAUCCCCAACUUACCCCUUUGAUAACGAUUCUUUGAUAGAGGUGGGCAAUUCUGGAAAAGUCAUAGAUUAUUCCGAUCAAGAUCUAGUAGGUCGAUGUGAGGUGACUAAUCCGCUGAUGGAUUACAUCGACCCUGAAAACAUUGAUAUUUACAUCACUAACGUGGGGGGAUUUUCGCCAAACUUUAUCUAUAGAAUUGUCUUGGACAACUACAAGUCUGAUGAUGUUAACUUGUGA